AUGGCCACCUCCGGCGCCAUGGGCCACUAUCACCAGCAGCUGCCUCCCAUGUUGCCGUCCCACGCCCAGUACUCCAACCCCGUGCCCUACCAGUAUGGCUACGCCAGUGGCCUCACCUCGCCUCCUUUCGCACCCCCCUCAUCCUUCAACGGCAUGGCCGCCCGGCAAAAUGUUUUGCCUCUGCCGGGUGGCGGCGUCCCUGGCCAAAACUCCGUGCAGCAAUCUUAUGCUCACUUCGACAACACCGGCCAGCAGCCCCCGCCCCGCAUGAAACCUCACGUAACUACUACAUUAUGGGAGGACGAAGGCAGCCUCUGCUUCCAGGUCGAGGCCCGCGGCAUCUGGGUCGCCCGUCGCGAAGACAACCACAUGAUCAAUGGUACAAAGCUCUUAAAUGUUGCUGGCAUGACCCGUGGCCGCCGUGACGGCAUUCUCAAGAGCGAAAAGACCCGUCACGUGAUAAAAUCAGGUCCCAAGGAUCUAAAGGGAAUCUGGAUUCCCUAUGAUCGAGCUCUCGAGUUUGCCAACAAGGAAAAGAUUAGCGAACUUCUUUAUCCUCUUUUUUUGGCUCAGAACGCUGGCUCUCUGCUCUACCAUCCCACGAACCAGAGCCGCACAAACCAGGGCAUGGCCGCCUCCGACCGUCGCAAGCAGGACCAAGGCCAGCAGAUGCGCUCCAACUCCAGCAGCCAUAGCCUGCCUUCAAUGUACCAUCAAGAACAGCCUGCCAUGGCUCAGGUCCCUGGUCCCCAGACGACCCUGCCCUCCCACAGCUCCCUCGCACGUCCGGGCUUGCACACCUUUCCUACACCAACUAGUGCCUCCACUGUCAUCAACGGAAUGGGCGCUUCGGAAAGCUUUAGUAGGCAAGGCCAUGGUAUGAACGGCCAGCAGGCCACCACUUCACCCGGCUCCACCCUCCAGUCACUCCAGUCGUACCCCUCCAGCGGUCAUGGCGGCUAUGACAAUCAGCGCCAGAUGUACAAUGCUCCGUCACCGCAGCAGUCUCCCUACCAGAGCGCUAGCAAUCCUUCUCAGGACCGUCUGUACGGUCAGGCUGCCAAACCCAAUGGCGUUAUGCCUUCCGACCAGUCUGUUGACCGGCAGCCUGGCGAAGCUUCGACUGUUGUCUCGCACCAACAUUCCAAUGGCAAUCACCACCAGUCCGAGGCUCAUAUGUCGACGGCGCAGGCACCGGCGCUCCAAGACCAGGCUCCUCUACGCCCCGUUCCAACUCACGGCUCCACCGAGCGGCUUGUCCAAAGUCAACCCGCUGAGCAAGUUGACCAUGCCUCUGCUACGUCUCGGAAUGACUCUCGAGCUGUUGUUCAAGACCGGGCGUCGACUGACCCGGAACAAGGCUCAGGUACUGUUGUACCACCUGACCCGAGGAAGCGGAAGCGACUCUUUAGCCGCCGGACUAAAACUGGUUGCCUGACUUGCCGUGCAAGAAAGAAGAAGUGUGACGAGGCCAAGCCAAUAUGCAACACAUGUAUCAAGGCUGACUACAAAUGUACCGGAUAUUCUCCUCAGCGAGGUGCAGGCAUGCUCAAGCUGAUUAGAAACGAAGCUGGAGGCUAUUCACUCGACUUCAAAGAUCGCAGCUCUCUACCGUGCGCUUUUGGUGACUGCGGCAUCAACGACUACCAGCGACACCGUGAUGGCCGCACAUCGCCUGCAUCAAGCGCACAGAGGGCUGCACAGACGGCACUCUCUCAUGCCCAAGCGCAGCCUCGUAGCAUGGCUGUGGCAAUGCCCUGUGAUCAGAGACAUCCUACCCAGAAGGAAGAAAUGCUUCAAGGCGGCUACUUCUAUCAGUAUGACCGGGAAUUGAGCUUGGAGCGGGAUCGUGCGGCCACGGCCUGCUGGCGUUUCAACACGCUUGCAUAUCCUCCCACCAACGGAGUCUCUACCGAAGAGCGUGCUCGUCUGUUCCUCGACAUUCUGCAGCCGCGUAAGUCGUCGUUCUCUCUCGAGAAAGAGGCCGCAAAUCGCAACAGUGUUGCACGUGUCGGAUAUCAUGUCGCUGUCGAGUCUCCUUUCUACUGCGACUACGGCUACAACAUCUGCAUUGGCAACAAUGUUUCUAUCGGAAAGGGCUGCACUUUGAGUGACGCGGGCCAGAUCCAAAUCGGCGACAACUGCAUUAUUGGACCCAACGUCAGCAUGUACACCAUCGAGCUGUCCACGGACCCGAAGCACCGCCAGGGCUGCCACGGUACCCAAUUGAGCAAGGGUAUCGUCAUUAAAUCGGACUGCUGGAUCGGUGGUGGUGCCAUUAUAUUGCCCGGCAAGGUUGUCGGGAGAGGCUCUACCAUCGGCGCAGGCUCAGUUGUCACCAAGGAUGUGCUACCUUUUACUGUUGUUGCUGGUAACCCUGCACGUGUUUUGCGCGGUGUCACGUCCUAG